AUGGCAGAGAACUGCUCGGUGCUCGAUCUGUGGGCGCGCCGCCCGGACUCGGCCUGGAUCAGCGAGGUCUCCGCCCGCGAGAACGCCGCCCUCACCAGAGCGCUCCAGAUGUCCCUCUCCGACACCACCACCACCACUACCAGCACCACCUCCUCCUCUUCCUCCGCCUCCUCACUCUACGCCACCGAUACCAUCUCCUCAGCUCCGAUGCCGUAUCGUGUGAUCCCCUCCUCGCCGACUCCCUCGGAUGCUUCAGCGGGAGACGCGUCUCUUCGCCGCGGCGCCGCCCUCGGACCCUCGGCGGCCGGGAGGGUCUCCAAGCGGAAGACGCGCACGGGGAAGCGGGCGGACACGACCUACAUCAAGGUGGAUCUGGAGAACUUCCGGGAGAUGGUGCAGCGGGUGACAGGAAUCCGGGGAGACUGGGAGCCUUCGGAGUCGGCGGUGGAGCCGGAGCCUGUGCGGCCCGCUGCGGCGGCCCUGCAACAGAUCUGCCUUCCGACGCUCGACACGUCGGCGAUUCUACUAGGAAAGAGCUCGGUGGAAAUCGCAAGGGAAGGCGGCGGCAGCGGCUUCUUCGGGUGCCCACCACCGACGCCGGCGGAGAUGCCCGCCUUCGAUCUCGACUUCCUCGUCACGGCGUUCCCGACCCUUGAUUCGUGGGGCGUCUUAUGA